AAGGUCGAGCCGCCAGCCGGCCCCUUGCUGUUCAUCAAAUCCCGCGAGAUCUCCAGCGGGUGGACGCGCCGCGGGACACUGCAUCCGGGCAUCGGAAGCUGCUCGAAGCCUGCCGAGGGGACGGCUCCGAACCGGGGUGACCUGCGGGCGUCCUCACCGAGCUCCCGGAGACACCGGCGGUAUAGCCUGGGACACUAGACUAGGGAAUGCCCGAUAAGCAGAGAAGAAACUAGGAGAAAAAGUCGCAUAACACAGAGGAACCAGUCAGGACAUUCUACAGACAGAGGAGUGAAGGAACACAGCCACAACGGGAAUUAUUUUCUAUAGAAGUCUUGUGAGACCACUGCGCAAAUAGAGUGAUGAUUAUACAGAGAGUGGUUUUGAAUUCCCGACCUGGGAAAAAUGGUAAUCCAGUGGCAGAGAAUUUCAGGAUGGAAGAAGUCAGUUUACCAGAUAAUAUCAAUGAAGGACAAGUUCGAGUCAGAACUCUCUAUCUCUCUGUGGAUCCCUACAUGCGCUGUAAGAUGAAUGAAGACACCGGAGCUGAUUAUCUGGCGCCCUGGCAGCUGUCUCAGGUGGCUGAUGGUGGAGGUAUUGGAAUUAUAGAAGAGAGCAAGCACAUAAAUUUGGCCAAAGGCGAUUUUGUGACUUCUUUUUAUUGGCCCUGGCAAACUAAAGCAAUUCUAGAUGGGAAUGGCCUUGAAAAGGUAGACCCACAACUUGUGGAUGGACAUCUUUCAUAUUUUCUUGGAGCUAUAGGUAUGCCUGGUUUGACUUCCUUGAUUGGGGUCCAGGAAAAAGGUCACAUAUCUGCUGGAUCUAAGCAGACAAUGGUUGUCAGUGGAGCAGCAGGUGCCUGCGGAUCUUUGGCUGGGCAGAUUGGCCGCCUGCUUGGCUGUUCCAGAGUGGUAGGAAUUUGUGGAACACAUGAGAAAUGCCUCUUUUUGACUUCAGAGCUGGGGUUUGAUGCUGCAGUUAAUUAUAAAAAAGGAAAUGUAGAGGAACAGCUCCGAGAAUCAUGCCCAGCUGGAGUGGACAUUUACUUUGACAAUGUUGGCGGUGACAUCAGUGAUACAGUGAUAAGUCAGAUGAAUCGGAACAGCCACAUCAUCCUGUGUGGUCAAAUUUCUCAGUAUAAUAAAGAUGUGCCUUAUCCUCCUCCACUGCCCCCUGCUGUAGAAGCAAUCCAGAAGGAAAGACACAUCACCAGAGAGAGAUUUACCGUGUUAAAUUACAGAGAUAAAUUUCAGCCAGGACUUCUGCAGCUGAGUCAGUGGUUUAAAGAGGGCAAGCUAAAGAUCAAAGAGAGCGUGAUAAAUGGAUUGGAAAACAUGGGAGUUGCAUUCCAGUCCAUGAUGACCGGAGGUAACAUAGGGAAGCAGAUCGUCUGCAUUUCAGAAGAUUCUUCUGUGUAGUCUUUGUGUACCUUCAUCAAGGAAACCCUACAUUUCCUACUUUGCACAGAGAUUCUUAAGAUACAUUUAAGAAAGAAUCUUACAGUAGAUAGUUCUUGAUUUUAGUGUGAUCAUAAUAUUUUCUUAAUUGCAUAAACUUUUUAUCUUCAAAAUUAUAUAUUAAUUAUCUACCUAAUAUGUGGUUGCUAACCAUAAUACAAUGGUUCUCAACCUGUGGGUUGUGACCCCCUGGGGGUCACAUAUCAGA